GUACAGGCAUGUGAACGCCAUAUGAUUCUCCCAGCGCUUCCUGAAAACCACUGCUGAUGCUCUAGGAAACAUCACACGCUUUACCUUCUGUCUUUUAUUCUCCUCCGGUAUAUCGGAAUGAAAAUGCAUUUUACACUUUUAUUUUGUGUCUUCGUAGUCGGGACGAAGGCGGGGAAGUACUCAAAAGAAGUGAAUGAACAAAAGGCCUCUGAUAAGGGGGAUCAAGUGGAGUUUAGGAUUGCCAAAAUUAAUCAGGUUUGGGAAAAGGCGAUAAAGAUUCAGCUUGUACCGGUGCGCCUGUCAGAACUACACAGCGACUUGAAGAUUCAGGAGAAAGAUGAACUUCAGUGGAAGAAACUGAAGGCAGAAGGGCUGGAUGAGGAUGGAGAGAGAGAAGCCAAGCUCAGGCGCAACUUCAGUAUAAUUCUAGCAAAGUAUGGAAUGGACGGAAAAAAAGACACCCGGACAUUGGACAGCAACAGGUUUAAAGAUCAUGAUGUUAAAGAAGGAGAUACAUUUGAUGACCCAAGACUAGACAAGCUGUGGAACAAGGCCAAAACUUCGGGAAAGUUCUCUGAUGAGGAACUGCAAAGUCUUCUGAGAGAAUUCCAACACCACAAGGACAAGAUCAAUGAGUACAACAUCGUCAUGGAUACUGUGAGUCGAACCGAAGAGAUCCAUAAAAAUGUAAUAAGUCCUCUGGAGGGUGAAGUGAAGGAACAUGUGCUCCAUCAAAAACAUGAUGAUCUGAAGCAGAGAAUGAGAGACCUUAACCAGGGCUUUGAACGACUGCGCAAAAUUACCCAUGAGGGAUACAGUGAUGACACCGAAUUCAGAGAGCCACGAGUCACAGAGCUUUGGGAGAUGGCAAAAAGAUCCAAUCUCAGCGAGGAUGAGCUUGACUCUCUUAAAGAGGAACUCAGACACUUUGAAACAAAGGUGGAAAAGCACCAGCAUUAUCAGGAGCAGCUUGAGCUGUCUCAUCAGAAACUGAAGCACGUGGAGGCCCUGGGAGACAAGGACCACAUCGUAAGAUCCAAAGAGAAAUACCACACUCUUGCUGAGAAGGCACGAGAAAUGGGAUACAAGAUGAAGAAACACUUGCAGGACAUUACAAAUAAGAUUUCCAGAAAUGGAUUGCAACACAACGAACUCUGAAUGCUGUUUUCAUCACCAUGGCGACUACAGCUGGCUAUAAUCAUUCACAUAAUACUGUUCCCCUCUGUGUAUAUACUAAUGUUAUUCAACACAUUGAAUGGGGCUAUGACAGAUAGGACCUUAAUGUACGUCAAUUCAACAAAUUCAAUUUGACGAUUUGGUCAUUUUGGUACUGAUCUUUUUGUCAUUUAUUUGAUUGUUUUAGGUCCGUAAAUAGUCAAAAGAUGAAUUUGCACACAAACUGAUUGACUUGCAUUUGACUGAGUGUUACAGUAUUGAGCGUUACUGUUAAGCUGUACAUUACAAUUACAUUUCUAAGCAAAGAGAAAGAGAUGUGCUUCGGGGGCUGGAAUAGGGAAUAAGAAUGUGAAGCAGUUGGGAGACCUUGAGUUUUCCGUAAUACUGGUCGAAUCACAUCAUGACUGCGCAAGUGUUGUCUUAAAAUGUGGCCGGGACGUAAAUCAUCAUCUUCAUUGUUAAUGUUAAAAAAGUUGUCACCAAAAUACUACUGUAUACAAAUCACAUAUUAAUCUAUGGUACUGUUGUUACUACCUGAAAGAUUUAAAUAGUUUUUAAUGCCUUUGUGUUUGAUAAUAAAU